AAGUAUCUCUCAAGCGUUGGUUGUGUGUGGUUCUCUUUCCUUAUCCCAACCCCAAACCUCUUUAAACUCUUCUAUAUAUAAAUAACAUGCAUUAUCCUCUUCACAAACCUCUUAAUCCCUUAUUUUGUGUAACACACAAUCAUGUCUGAUCAAGUAAAUGGCUUGCAAGACAACCAAGCAUGGCCAGAGCUAAACCUUCCAGACUUGUUACAUACUGACCCUGUUCGACAAGUCCACGCAACAAUUGAAAAGGAAUGGGAUUUCCUUCAAAGGUCAGCUUGCCAAACGGCUGCAGGAAGGGCUAUGUGGAAGCAUGUGAUCCAUGAUCCACUUGCUGCUUUGCUGGCAGGGGAGACUUAUUUGAGAAACCUACAUGAAAAGAUGAGAAAAGACUAUCUCAACAAUGCUCGUGAAACUUCUGGAGUGAUCCUUGCAGUUAGAACCCUUUGGUUUGAUUCUAGACUGGAAGAUGUUCUCAGUUCCCCGAAUGGCAGAGAAGCACAGGUUGUUCUCCUAGGUGCAGGAAUGGAUACAAGAGCAUAUCGUUUGAGUUGCUUAAAGGACAGCGAUGUCUUUGAGGUUGACUUUGCAGAAGUCUUGGAGGUAAAAAGCACUAUUCUGCAAGCAGCUAAGGAAUCAACAUACGAGUCACAACAUAUUAUGUCCAAAGCCAAAUCCUUAACCAGAGUGGCAGCUGACAUAAGAGAAAAUGAUUGGAUGGAAAAGCUUCAAAUUGCAGGUUUCUUACCACAGAAGAACACGGUCUGGAUUCUAGAAGGUAUCCUAUACUAUCUCGCCCAAUCCAACGCCAUGCAACUGCUGAGAAUUUUAGCUAACAAUUGUGUCUUAACUCACACGGUCAUCCUAGCAGACUUCAUGAAUAAGUCAUCAACCACGCUAUCCAAUUCAGUAUUCCAAUUUUACAGUGAUUGGCCAGACCAACUUUUACCAUCUAUUGGCUUCACACAUGUAAAACUUUCACAAAUUGGAGACCCAGAUGCCCAUUUCGGCCUCUUGAAUGAUCCGUUAAAUCUCUUCAACAAGCUCCGCAGCUUGCCCAGGUCAUUACAAACCAAUCCAGAUGACGGAACACCAUGCUGUCGCUUGUACUUGGUGGAAGCUUCUGGUUCACCCGAUCAAAGUUCUGCGCAUAAUAAGGAGUCGGUCAUUCGGUCCUGAUUCGUAGAAUAGAACAUGGAGAAUUGGAGAUUACAUACUACAUUUUUAAUUAAUUCUUAUUGUUGGUCCAUGUGUUGUCACCCGUACAAUUGCUACACUAUUGGCAAAAAAUGCUAGAUGGGGCAAAAUAGUCUUUUUUAAUACAAGAGGGGCAAAAAAGCUAGAAAUAGCCUUUGACCUAAAUUAUUGGAACCUUAUUUUUACCUUCUUGCUGAAAUAAUUUUUCUCUUCAAUUA